GAUGAGUCUGCGACGGCUCUGUUCGUCACUGCUUUUGAUGCGUUCGAGAAUGAGCUGCAGCCCGCGUUCGAGGACGCGGAGUCGUGGGUUAUGACCGGGUUCCAGGGCAACGUGUUCACGCCGAGCGGCUACCGUGAUAAUGCAGUCUGCAAAGCCGAUGCGUUGGUGAACGCAUCUGCGUUUGCCCUGCAGCAGUGGUCUACUGCUGCUGUGCAGAAGGCGGCCGACCAGCUGAUUUCGGCGUUCGAGUACACGGGGGAGAUCAUCCGCAUGGGCAUGUACGUGGUGCUGGACGCUGUGACCCGCCGUGCCCUGCGCGUGUACGCAUCGAUGGCCCCAGUGGCAGCUGGCGCCCUGGAGUCCGCUACGACCGGUGGCGCCGUGGCCGCGCCUUCCGAAGACACCCCCGAGGAGCGACAGAAGUUAGCUUCGAGUUUGGAGGCGGCGAAGCUCGAUGCGGCCGAGGUGAUUGAUAAGAUGGCUUUGCUGACCCACAAAACCGUGAAGCUCUUCGAGGCUUUGACGUCGAGGGUCGGCGCCAUCGGGGAUGACCAGCUGGACCGCCGCGUACAUCCUCUCGCCGUGCAGACGGACAUCGAGGCCCUCUCCAUCAUACUUGACAACGUCGCUUCUUAUGGUGUCAUGUGCUCUUCCCUGAAACACAUCUCCAACAAGGGCCAGGGCGAGGGUGUCGAUUCGACUGAGUACAGUGCAACGCUGUCCAAGUUCUGCCGCCUGCACAACCGCGGCCCCACCGCGGUGUUCGAUAACGCCCCCUCGGAUUUCAGCAAGGUGUCUACCCAGGCGUCCGCUGCUCUCGCCGAGAUCAAGAGCGCGUACGCCGAGAUGUACCACGAGGUCGGCUCAUAUGUCUUCUCUAAGCACGUAUCCGAAUGCACGAACUCGUGGGUGCAGGCGAUGUCGCGCGUGAUCAUCCUCGCCCAUCCUGUGCACUCCAAGGCGCUCCACUGUGAAGGUGCCGAGGAACCUUCGGCUUUCCAGAUCCAGGUCGUGGUCGAGAUCGCGGAGAAGGCGUUCAGGAUGCUCACGCAUGGCGCGGACAUUUUCGCCAUGAUUCCGGAGUAUGGGGCGCCUCUGACAGGCGAGGAAGACGAUAUCAAGAUCUUAGACGGGAUGCCGCACAAUGUAGCUCUUCGCGGGCUUCAAACUUUCAGCGAAGACAUGUGCAUCGAGGUGCUUGAUGGCGUCGGCCUGAAGGUUAUGAAGGACGGCGCGCUGGUGGACGAGCAGGCGCCGAUCGAGGUGGCCAUUAGCGCCCAGGGGCUCUUCUGCGCCACGUUCGACGUGGCGGCGUCGAUGGCGCUGGUGUUGAAGACCCUCAAGGCUGCGGGCGAGGAGAAGAAGGUCAACGGUUCAAUGUUCGCGUUCGGCAAGCUGGUCUACCUCCAGCGCGUGCUGCAGCAGAAGGUGGCGCUCCUUGACGAGACCCUGCGCUCCGACAGCGUCCUGGCAAUCGAGAAGGGCGGGUUCGUGCUGCCCACGAGCCUCGUCGUGCUGGAGCCGUGGCUGCAGGGCAUGAGCGCAAUGAGUUGUCGCUUGCAGAACUGCAUCGUGGCGACCUGGUGCGAGCAGCUCGGAGAGAGCGUCGGCGAGCUGAAGACAUCGUGCCCAGAAUGGCGCGCAAUUUUCAAGGACGGCCAGGUCGACUGGGAACUGGCCAAAAAAGUUGCUGUUGGUCAAUCGGACAAGGUCGUGAAGAAACACAACGCCGUUCACAGCGUCCUGCAAUCCAUGGCCGAUAAGGCUGCGUUCCUUGAAAUUUCGGGCCCGCUGUCGUCCCACAAGAUAGCAGGGUCGGCGGUGGCCGUAGCGAUGAGCAUCUUGAAGCAGUCGGCAACGACCAGCAUCGUGUGCCUUGGCUUCGAGCUCCUGGCCAAGUACCGCGACCACAACUACCUCGAACACGUGGCUCCUGAGACCAAGGGUGGCUCUUGGAAGAACGUGCCUGAGGCGUUCCUUCAGAAGCACAACAAACCCGAGCACUCCGACGUCCCCGAGUGCUUCUGGGAGGAGUUCAAGAUGGCAUCGCAGCACUGGGCCAUCAGUCAGUCACGCGCAGUGCAUCCACCCAAGCGCGCCGAGCCUGAGCCGAGCAAGCGCUUGGAAGCCAGCAAGCCCGACGCCGCCAAGCAGGCCGCCGUGGCACCGGCCAUCCAGAGCGCAGCGGCGGUCGAGAACGUAGUGGCGGUCCAGAACGUAGAGACGCCCCAGAAGUCCAAGGGCUUAAAGAGGAGGGCGAGGGGGUGA